GGCCGAGAUCAUCUGUUUCUUCUAGGUCUUUACAAGCAUCUUUGUCUUCUAUUCCUCAAUCACAAACCACAAUAUACCACACAAAAUGUCGACCACUAAGCCAUUGGGACCUUUUAAGCUCGUCACGGUCAACACAGCACCUGAGCGUGCCUACAGAUUGAUCGGCCGCGUUGUCGAGAACGUCAAGGAUAAAUACACAAUCAUCCACGCUGGAAACGCAGACAGCCAAGAACAAGUCCGCGAAGUCGUUACCAAAGAGCAGCCCGAUGUCCUCUUCACAGCAUCCAUGUGGACACCAGAAGAGGCUAAGAGCAUCCACGCAGAGGCAAAGGAGAUCAUGGGCCCGCAACUGAAGACUUUCGCUCUGCCUCAGGGUCUCCAGGUGUCGAGGGGACCUGACGCUGUGGUCGAGUUCAUCGAGGAGAACCUGCCCGCUCUCCUCGAGGGUUAGAAAAGAGACGAUACCAUAUACCAAAUUACAAAUGUUUCACGCCCUCAAAUUCAUGUCAAUCUCACUCGAAGACCGGGAUGUGAGAAGGAUAUCAGUCCAUGUGAUAUCUAGCAUUGAGCAGAGGGGCAUACUUGCUGUCGCUUCCACGGAUGGACAGACUAAAGCUUGAGAGUUGUGGAUGAUUUGGAAGACCGAUGUGGUACGCGUACAAAGCGGCGGGAUGCAUGCACGGAAACAAGCUCCGAGGACAAGCUCUGUAAGUGUCGUAAGUAUGCAGUAAUGCCUCAGGCACAUACCAAGAAUAGCAGGAUCUGAUAUCAAGGGCUAGAAA